AUUGAACAGUAAGUACAGUUUGGCUUGAUAUAAACACUUUUAUAUCAACCUGACCAUCAUAUUAUAUCUUCUACUUUGUAAAAGGGUCAAGUUAUUGAGCUAUUUUACCAUCGCCCCGAAACUGUUCGCUGAACACAAUCGAAGGCAAUCAGUUUAAGAGCGAAAACAAGCUUUUAGUUUACACAAAGGUACGUAAAAUUGGUUUUUCGGAAUCGGUUCGGCCUUUUUAAAUCAUUCUUCAAAUAACUGAACCAAAAAUUAAAGGAGAAGUUUUUCCCACGUACAUUCAAAAAAACGGCUGAAAGAUUGUCAACUUCUGACUCCUUCUUCGAAGCUGCAAAGGAAAAAUCUAUGUAUUUGUUAAGGAGGCAUGUAACAUUAUCGAUUUAAUAAUAUUAUUGCUCUUAUUCACUGUGUUGUAGCUGAACCAAAACUGAGAAGGUAAAGAAGACCAUCAUCAUGAACAACUUCAAUCAAACCGAUCCUUAUGAUUCUGCGUUGUGCCCUCACGCCGUUUCCAUUUUCUUUACAACGACCAUGGCUAUAAUCAGCUUAGCAGGUCUCAUAGGAAACUUUUUGGUGAUCUUCUCAGUUUACAAAACUCCAAGUCUGAGGACAAGCACCAACUAUUACUACGUCAACAUGGCGGUGUCCGAUUUUACUGCCAGUUUUGCCAUCUGGCCGCUGUACCUCACUGAUGAGAUCAUAACAAGCAGUGGAAGUCUUCUUCAAGAGCCUCUGGCAACUGCUGCAUGCAAAGUAGGAGCGUAUUUCAGACUGGUAUCGACCAUAGUGUCUAUCUUAAGCCUGGUGUUGAUUGCUUUCAACAGAUUCGUGGCUACCGUAUUUCCUUUGAAGGCACCUCUGAUUACACCCAAAUCAAGGGCAGCUUCACUCUUUGCCACAUGGUUGAUAUCGAUUGCGUUCUCUUUCCCGGCGGCGUACCAUUCCAGUGUGCAAAAAGUCGGUCAUGAAACAUUCUGUAGAUUCGUGUGGAAUGAGUUGGCGAGUACGAUCUACUUUGUAACUGGCCUAACGUUGUUUACUGUCUCACCAUUGAUUAUUAUUAUCGUUCUUUAUCUCCGUAUCGUGCGGUCUUUGAGGAGAAGAGUGCAACCGCAGACCAAUACAAGAGACAGUAGCCUCCAAAGAAACAGAAGCAGACAAAACCAAAAUGUAAUGAAAAUAUUCAAAUCCGUUGUUAUUGCAUAUUUCGUUACCUAUUCUUUUUAUUGUGUAUACUUUAUCCUCAAAAUCACGGUCCCUGAACUUUCUUACAAAGACAGCUGCAAGUUAAUUUUGGGUUUUACCUAUUUAGUAUUGCCAUCGCUAAGCACGGCAAUUAAUCCAGUAAUUUUAUUUGCAUUUAGCAGUAAUUUUCCCCAAGCUCUGCGUAUGCUUAAUCUGUUUUCUUUCCGUUUUGCACUGAAUUCAGUUCACGUUGUAAGCACAUCAGUACAAGAACGAGAUGAGUCCAGACCAAAUCAAGCCAAAUCUAGUCAGACGCAGUGUUGAAUAUAUAAAGGUAAAAAUGGUUAAAUCUUAUGCCCGCCUACACUAGCGUUAAAUAAGUUUCAGAAUGAUGGCUGACGGCUUAAAAAUAUUUCUUCCAUUUAAAGGAGCUCAGUCACGGUAUUUUGAGUUAUUUUGGCCAGGUACAAAAUUCACUUGAAAUCGAACGAAACCUGAAAUUAGCUGUUUACUAAGAUAGAAAAACAGCAAAGAGAUAAUGAUAAACCACGAAAAAAGAAGGAUAGCUAAGGAUGGAGAAGAUUAACGUGGACUACAAUUGACAAACUUGAGAAAUUUAGUCCAAACUUUUCAAGAUGUGGAAACUAUGAUGUAGCUUCUUUCAGGUGACUGUGAAUUGAAUCUCUUCGAAAGCUUGCAUAAUGACGACACACAUGGUAAUUAUGUAACAUUUGUCCACCCAUCUUCCAAAGCUCACAACUUCCAUUCAACCGUGUUCUUUUUCGUUACUUUGAUCACCAACAUGGGCAACUCUCCUUUAUUUCAGUCUCUCAAGAUUGAUUAAAUGCAACUCUAAUAGGCCUAGUCUCAAGUUUGUUUCUAAGGCUGUCAAGCCUUCUUUUAUGGAAGCGCGUGAGGGCGUUAACAAAUAUCUGUUCGGCAGUUUGCUUAAUACCCUUGAUUUCUUUUUGGAAAGUACUAUCAGGCGCAAUAUUGGCCUUUGCAGAGUACUGCAAUGAUUUCGGACAAGUCCGAUUGUUCAAAUGUCUUUCCAGUUUAAGGAUAGAAUCCUUAAACUCUCCACUGAGCUGGCUCAGUGGAGAGUUUCAUUUACUCCUGUUAACAUGAAUGGGAUUCAAACCCAUUCGAAAAGCAUUUGCCAGCUGAGUGGAGAGUUUCACACGCUCCACUUAAAUUGAACGGGAUUCAAACCCAUUCGAAGAUGUAAUUUUAAGCUGGGUCAGUGAAGAGUUUCAAUCGUUCCUCUUAAUUAUAACAUAAAGGGGAUUCAAACCCAUUCGAAAAUGCAUUAGCUAGCUAAUUGAAGAGUUCCACACGCUCCAGUUAAAUUGAACUGGAUUCAAACCCAUUCGAAUAUGCAUUCCCCAGCUGGGUGGAGAGUUUCGCGCGUUCCACUUAGUGCUUGUUUACUUUCACGUCCCGAGGUAAGGUUGUUCGAUGAACUCGGUGCUUCCGUACCAUUUGUUGGAAACUACGCCACGCAGGUAGCACAAGUACCAUGCGUCCAUCCUUUGGAAACAUGAGUCCAGACGGUCGCAAUAAUGUGGUUCAUGAAUUGUGACUGGGUCAGUACUCAUCGCAGAUGAUUCGUUCUCAGCUGAACCAGAGGAUUGUGGCUGUUUUCAAGCAGGGGUUACAUACUGUCGUGCUCUUUCGCGCGUGAGCGAAAACACGUUGUAACUUUAAAAAAAAAAAAAAAUCACUUAUAGCACUUAGCAUUAGACCGCGAAAGAAAUGUACCUUUGAUAUCCGUGAUGGAGAAAGGAUGGGAUGUAGGUGGUAAAGAUAGCGACAUCAAUAGUGUUUAGCCAUAACGGAUCUAAUUAAAAAUUUGCUGUAAGGGAGAGAGAGAGAGAGAGAGAGAGAGAGAGAGAGAGAGAGAGAGAGAGAGAGAGAAUAUUACCUAAGAGUCAAGAGAUAGAAUACCUCUGAGGACGGGGACAUCAAUUGUUUAAAGCUAGUCUGAAUUUAGUUGAACGUCACGCCACGUGUUCUAUUAGCUUUGCGAUUCUUCAUCCUUUUUGCGGAAAUGAUAAAAAUACAGGAAUAAUUAGCAUUUUUCACCGAUAGUUUGAUAUCUUUUUUUCGAGAGACGCGAAGGAAAGUGUUUCCCAGGUUGAUGAAGGACUGGAUACCACAUACAAGGUGACAAUGAGAGGAUGCUGGAUGCUGAGGAUGAGUUGUCAAAACUUUCACGAAGGUGAGAAUCGGUUAUCGAAUUGUGGAAGCCUAUAUACAGCGGUAACUCAUCUGUCAGCAGACAAAUCUGACAUAGAUACCAAAAGAAUAAAAAAAAUAUAUUUAAAAUGGCUAAUCACAUAAUCCCGUACGCGCGUUCCACUUAAUCCUACAAAGUUUGGCCAAGCGAGGGAGUUAGGGCAGGGACAUGGGAAUGACAAAGAGACACUUCACAUCACGUAACAUAACAAGGAUUUUAAACCGCUGGCCACUUUUACUAGCGUGUCAAAGAUGGCGUGAAUGACACGGAGCGCGACACACGAAUGCAGAAGAACGCCUUGAAAUGGUUCGUUUAUCGUUAAUUUUUUCGGUCGACGAGCUUGUUUAGUGUAAUGCUGACAAUAUUAUUAUUUUUUAUCAAUAGGAUAUUCGAUCUUUUUUCAGUCCCAAAGGAAAAACUUCAAAACCAGGGGCCUCAAAGGUUGCAUGAGGAUAAGCGCGGGAAAGACUCAAGUGCGAAGCCUGCAUCGAAGGGCCGUGCGAAAAGCAAGGUAAGAAUUUUUUUUGGUUUCCGACAGUGGAGACGGUUGAAUGGAUUCUAAACUGUGAGUAAGUUCAGUUAAUUGAUAAGAUGGGGAUUCAAAGAGUGUAAUCACGUUUUGAUGAGACGAGUAAAUAUCUUUUUCUUCUCGCUUGGAAAUUUGAAUUUCUGUUUUAGUUUAUAAGCUUACCAGUAUUCCACUUCCACCCCCACCCGCUGUAGAGAGGUUACCUGUGGACCCUUUGAAAAGGAAAUUUUUGCAAACAGGCAGAUGUCCAGUUAAAGAAUUUGGGAAGAAAGAAAACAAACAAACAAACAAACA